UAUAUAUAUAUAUAUAUAUAUAUAUACAUGUGUGUAUACAUAUAUAUAUAUAUAUGUGUGUGUGCGUAUAUAUAUAUAUAUAUAUAUACGUUGGUGUGUAUGUAUGUAUAUAUGAGCCGCCAAACGUUCAGCUAAAGCUAGGAGGCUAUCAAUAUUUGUUGCAAUGCUAACUACCUGUUGCAUGCUGGUAACUCGCAAGGUUAUUGCCAGGUGUUCACUCGUAUGUUUGUUCGAUAUUGAAGAAUACUAUAUGAUUCAGAGAACAAUCUUUUGUGCACGUCCUAUUGGGGGGGGGGUUAUUUUGCUCCGAUCGUUCCGACGGACGAAACUUGUAUGUUCCUCUUUACCGUAGUGUUAAUUCCGAGCGGAGAUACCCGGGCAUUCUGUUCAGAUACGACCCUCCCGAUUAUCUGUAGAUCUAUUCACAAGCAAAUGAAAAAUUUAGGGUACUAAUUGUAACGAGGUAAUUUAGUCUGGGUAUGGUACGGUCUUGUCAUAUGGUAGAGUGCAGCGAUGUAUUUUUUGUUGAUUUAUGAUCAAACAUGAUAGUCAUAUGGUAAAGUGCCGCGAUGCAUUUUUUAUUAUUUAUGGUCCAACAUAAUACAAAUAUACCGGAGGUCGGUUUUAUAUAUGAAAUACUGCAAUACUGUCUUUUCAGGUGCUAGUUCUGAAGUACUAUCGGAAGGCAUGACCCGUGCGCCUGUGGUUACUAUGCCAACGGUUGUGCAUGCCGCCCACUUAAAGAAGUGGAUUGAAGAACCCCAACGGAUUGACUACCUGCGCGAAGUAUUCUCGUCCACCACCCGCUUCGGAAAGCUGCAAAAGGUGGAUGCCACAGUUGCUGGUAGACACGUAUAUCUCCGCUUCAGCUGCUCCACUGGCGACGCUAUGGGCAUGAACAUGGUAGGCAAAGGUAUCAACACUGUCAUGGCUGAUCUGCAGCAGAAUCACUUCCCAGAGCUCCGUCUGGUAUCAUUGUCGGGUAACAUGUGCAUCGAUAAGAAGCCAUCGGCAUUGAACUGGAUCAAUGGCCGAGGCAAGAGUGUGGUGGCCGGGGUGACACUCACCGGCGAUGUGGUGCGUAAGGUACUUAAAACAACCCCAGCGGCCAUGGCGGAACUAAACGUCACAAAGAACUUAGUAGGUAGUGCAAUGGCUGGUUCAAUCGGAGGCUUCAACGCACACGCAUCCAAUGUGGUCACCGCAUGCUUCCUUGCCAUGGGCCAGGAUCCCGCACAGAACGUCGAGAGCUCUACAUGCAUCACUCAGAUGGAACUGAUAAACAAUGGCGAGGAUCUGUAUGUGUCAGUAACCAUGCCGUCCAUCGAGGUCGGGACCAUUGGCGGGGGUACCGGACUACCAGCGGCCAAGGCAUGCCUCAGCAUGGCGUUAGGGAACAUUCCCCAGGAAAACCCUGGAGAUGGCGCUAGAGCGUUGGCGCGUGUGGUGGCGGGCACUGUUCUGGCGGGAGAAAUCUCGCUGUUGGCAGCCUUGUCAUCGGGACAUCUCAUCUCUGCGCACAUGGACUUGAAUCGCAAACCGAGCACAACCAUAUAAGUAAAUAGAUAGCUAGUUAAGUAAAGAGGGGUGAGAAUGAGUAGUUGAGAAAUCUGUGCGGCCUGCCUCCGAUCACAACCGAUUAGAUAGUGGAAGUUAUAUAAUCGAGAUUUCUGUACCUCGACCAAAUAGUGGGUGUCGAGGUGAAGUUGCAGAUUUUUUUUGUAUGUUCCAUACCCGUGCGUGUGUGCCAUUAUAAACACAAGUGCGAACGGACGGUAGAAAGUGCUUGGGUGAUUAGCACGGUUGUACACGGUAAACAAUAUAGUUUUCGAACAUAGUUAAGGUUACGAUUCUAUCUGCAAUUUUUAAUUUGAGCCGAUCUAUUGACUUGCACACUAAGUGCGAACCACAUUUGUUGCUUCGUUUUCAACUAUAUCACCAUGGCUCGGUAUAGUUGAUAAAUAUGUGCAAAAGUAUGUGGGCUUCUCGGAGAAUGGGAUUAAUACGAUUCUUGCAGAAGUUGGCUUUUUUGGUGACGAACGAGGCUAAGAUUGUCUCGUUGUUUGCCUUGUUUCUGCUAAGGUUGGAUACAGUACAGUGCAUACUACAGCACUAGUCGCAAGUGUGUGAUUCAUCAUGGCAAACGUUCUUAGGCGCCGAUGUGUUGUCCUAUAAGUAGAUUUAUCAGUUACAAGAGUAUGAUGACUUCAAAAAUGCGCAAUAAAUCACUGCUAUAUCAUACCAUCUAAUAAAAUCAAUUCGAAAAC